ACAUGACUGGUCUAGGAUAUAUGAGAGCUUCGAUGUCUCACAACCCUAUGGGUCUCCACGGCCAGUUACAGGGAUACCUUUUUAUACUGGAUAACAUAGAAUGAGUCAUUGACCAACUCCGUGCAAGGCCGGCAGUCCGUCAACAUAACCGCGCAUAAACUUUUAGCUAUGAGCUGCGUGUUUCGACCUGACCGUCGUCAAGCUAUCUUUACGUUCCUUGCUCUUGUGAGGAAUCGUGACCGGCGUUUGCAAAUGUACACUGUGUGUUCCCGUGACGAAGUCAGCGUUUUUGCUGAGAUAAAAGUGAACCGAAUAUAUUCCUAUAUAUGAAAUUAUAGGUGACUGAAAUUUAGGAUGUCGAUGUGUGUUGUGAAUUACUGUGUUCACGUGUCUCCUUUAUUGGACCCGAUGCUUCAAGAUGUCUCCAGUGUUGUCGUGGAUGCUUGUUGAGUUGCAAUGAUACUGUGCUGUGUUAUAUUUCGGCGUUCGUAUCUUCAUACCCACCGCUACUGCAUUAUGGUGACGUCAGAGGAGGGCCAGUUCUUCCUCAAAGCCGCUGAUGACACAUCAACGGUGUGUGGCAUGUACAUCAUCACAGAUCCAGACAGACGCGUUGAGGUGCAUUUCGAGCAUUUGGACGUUCCUUGUCAGAACGGGGGGCUGGUCUCGUUCGUGGAUGGCUGGGAGCUGAAUGGGCAGUUCUUUCCAAGUCCAGAAGACCACCCCAAGCCACUGAACCUGAGGUAUCGGGAGUUCUGCGGACAGCGAAGAGUGAAGCAGGUCCUGGAGUCCUCGCAAAACGCAGCACUCAUACAGUACAGGAUGCCGCAUCGGGGCAAGGGGUUCAGCUUCACUGUUCGCUUCCUCAAGAAUUCGAUGCCUUGCAACAUCUUGCUGGAGGGCACAGCUGAUGUGUAUACACUGCGUAACUAUGGAAAGCAUGUGAACUGCAGUGUAACCACGCUGUUCCCGGCCAAAGUGAAGGUCCUCAGCUUGAAUGUGGGGCUGCAGGAUGAAGGGCUGGAGACAGGCACCAUCCACAAGUGCCAGAAACGAGGAUUACCUGACUAUGUGCAGCUUGGAGGCUCACAGGGGCUUGACACUACACAUCUUGUAGUUGCCGACUCCCUCUGUGGGAUGGAUUCUAAACCAGGCAGUACAGUGCAGACCAUAUUUUGUGGGGUCACCACUGUGAGACUUGUGUCCAGUGGGCAGUGUGACAAUGCAGUCACCAUAACCCUGCAGCAGGCAGGCGAGGAUGAUAUCAUGGAGGCUAGCCUCAUAUGUGGUCUCUGAACAAUUCAUGCAGGUUAUGUGAGGUCAGCCAUCUUUGUGUCAUCAUUGUAUCCCAUCACUUGCCACCAGCCGUAGCACUUCUCUCAUCGGUCCUAACUACAGCAGAAUCCAGUUCCAAUAUUCAUAAUUUCUCUUUCUUUUAUGUUAUUAUUGUUGUUUGUGUUCCAUAUAUUUGUGAUGUUCAUCUAGUGUAUGCCAUACAGGAGUCCAAGAG